CCUGGCUGAUAGCUCUCUCCUGGCUGAUAGCUCUUUCCUGGCUGAUAGCUCUUUCCUGGCUGAUAGCUCUUUCCUGGCUGAUAGCUCUUUCCUGGCUGAUAGCUCUUUCCUGGCUGAUAGCUCUUUCCUGGCUGAUAGCUCUUUCCUGGCUGAUAGCUCUUUUUCCUGGCUGAUAGCUCUAUUCUGGCUGAUAGCUCUUUCCUGGCUGAUAGCUCUUUCCCGGCUGAUGGCUCUCUCCAGCCUUCUUGUGUCAUUAGACAAAUGAUCAGAGAUGGCCAUGAACUUUCAUUUACUGAGGCAUGUAUUGACUCAGCAGAGAAGCUAUUGAUUGAAAGUGGAAUGUUCCCAUCACUCUCCUCUAUCCCAGCUCUCGUCCCUUCAGCUCAUUCAAACAUUUGUCUUACAAUGCCACACUGAUCGCCUCUGUUACUAAUCUGCUGAAACCUUUUAUUAUUUUCCCUGUCUCCCUUCUCGUCAAUGUAUUUUCUAACUCUCUCUUCUUGCUUUCUUCACUUUACUCUUCAUUCCUCUCUGCAUCCCCUCCUCCCUCUCUCUGCCAGGCCAUAACAUUCGACUGUCCUCUGGCAGCAUCAGCAAGGACCACGCCUGGAUUAGGAUGUUUAACUCCAAAUCAAGCUCAGUUUCCCCCUCUCCAUCCAUGGAUCACACAGACGCGGACAAUCUGGACAUCAGAACCAAGGUGCAGCUUCUGGGGGUGCUAUGGAAAAGACCCUUUGGGAGGCAGUCUGCUAAAUGGUCCAAAAGGUUCUUUAUUAUAAAGGACAGCUUUUUGCUUUACUAUUCUGAGAGUGAAAGGAGGAACUUUGAAAGCAACAGAUAUUUUAAUAUUCACCCCAAGGGAGUGAUACCACUUGGUGGCUGUCAGGUGGAAGCUAAAGAGGAACCCAGCAUGCCAUAUGCCAUUAAAAUCUCACAUGAAGAUUUUCAUGGAAACAUCCUGCUGGCUGCAGAGACUGAGAUUGAGCAAAGCCAGUGGCUGGAAAUGCUGCAUGAAUCUGGCAAAGUGACCUGGCAGAACGCCCAGCUGGGAGAAGCGAUGAUUGGAAGCCUGGAAGCUCAGGGUCUGCAGCUAGCUAAGGAGAGACAAGAAUAUUUUGAUAAACUGAUGACGGAGACAGAGGAGCUGUGCUCAGAGCGCGAGCAGAAAGAGGAGCUAGAGAAAAUAAAUCAGGUCUUGGAGACUGAAAAGAGCCACUUUGAAGACCUUGUGCAAGAGCUCAGGGUUGAACAAGAAAAAAUAAAGCAUGAGCUGGAGCUGACCGUCCACUGUAUAAAGGGGGUAGGAGAGGAGAAACAAGAGCUAUGCAGCCUCACCCAGCACCUGCAUAGGACAAUAGAGGAGCUGUCUGUGGAAAAGCAGAGGACCCUCGCCAUCAUGGAAGCCAGCCAGGAUCCCCGCCAGUCUUCAGCCAAUUGCAGUGAGCAUCCUAGAAAAGGUCUCCAUAGCAGCCUGCAGCAGAUUGAAAGCAAGAUGCAAGUGUUACUGGAGGAGAAGCUUCAGGCUGAAACCAGGAUGAAGGAAAAUGAAGAGCGGUUUAGAAUUCUGGAAAACGAACGGGCGUUCUACGUGUCUGAGUCUCAGGCCCUGCAGACCUCUCUAGUUGAACUUUCUGCUGAAAAGGAGCAAACAGAGCGAGAGCUUAAGGUGCAGUUAAAGGUGCAGUUAGACCUGGAAAGAAGGCUGCGAGAGGCAGAGGAAGCUCUACGAAGGCUGGAAGCAGGCCUGAAUUCUACUAUCCUAAACCAGGACAAGGGGGAGAAAAUGAGGGCAGAUGUCAGUCAUCUUAAAAAAUUCUUUGAAGACUGUAUCAGAAAUUCAGAGAUUGAAGCAAUGAAGCCUGUGAUUAUGAAAAACUCCGUAUAUGUGCCCCGAGCUGCCACCAGGCGAAUCAAAAGUUGUCGUUUUCACAACCAACGACCCAGUCUCUCUCGAUUGAGGCACUCGCAUUCCUUCUUGAUGUCUCCGGAUGAGAUGAAUGACUUCCAGAGUCUAAAAGAGGCUGCCAGAAAUUUAGGCAGGGAUAAACAUUUCCGAGAAACUAUCUAUCAGAUCAUCACACAGAAAGAACCUUCCCAGGAACAUGAGAAGUAACUGCCGAUUCCCUGACUCGCAGCUAUAGCGUCAUAGAGCUUGGGUUCUCCCUUUAGAUCAUUUUCGGGAUGAACCUGUAAGUGUCACAUACUACUUACACAAUUAUAUAUUAUAUAUGAAGUUUAAAGCGACCACGUCACUAUACAUGAAUACCUGAAAAGAAGGAUACAAGCACUUGUGGGAGUGAGAGAGUGCUCCCCUGCAGCUCUCACUGGUUCUUCCUACUGACCUGCACGUCACGUCAAAGUCUUGUUCUGAUGUGGAAGUCAGCAGGAGGAACCAUUGAGAGCUGCAAUGGUCCCAGCGGAUCAGCACUCUCAUGCCUUGUACACGGUAUUCACGACGAGAGAAAACUGCCAUUUUUUAUAUUGGUCGUGAAAACCGGUCGU